AGUUCAUUGAAAUCUGUUGAGAAUUCAUCUUUGUAAAUUAAACAGAAAUGCACACGAACGAACCGAUUAUCAUGUCAUCAGCUCCAACCAGUUGUAGUAGAAGAUGCCUCAAUCUUUUGGAGAAAUGCAAGAACAUGAAGCACCUAAAGCAAGCUCAUGCACAAGCAUUCACUUGUUCCCUAACCAACAAUUCCUAUACCUUAAGCAGAAUCUUAGCCUUUUGCUCACACCCAACUCACGGAAAUCUUCACCAUGCUCGCAAACUCUUCCAACAUAUUCAAAACCCCACCAUUUGCAUUUACAACACCAUGAUCAAAGCUUUUCUUCUCAGAGACCAAAUCUUUGAAGUUUUUAAUCUAUACGUUACCAUGUUACAAAAUGGCAUGUACCCAGAUAAUUAUACGUUGCCUUAUGUGUUAAAAGCUUGUGCCAAGUUUGAGUCUCGUUUUCUUGGUGAAUUGGUUCAUGGGUAUUGUUUGAAACUAGGGUUUGGUGAUAUUAUUGUGGCUAAUUCUUUGAUUUUAAUGUAUUCUAGUGGGGUUUUUAGUGAUAUGAGAGCUGCUAGAUAUGUGUUUGAUGAAAUGCCGAGUCCAUGUGUUGUGUCGUGGACGUUAAUGAUUUCUGGGUUUGCUAAAGUGGGUGAUGUUGAGUCUGCAAGAUUGUUUUUUGAUCGUGCUUUAAGGAAAGAUAGAGGUGUAUGGGGUGCUAUGAUUUCUGGGUAUUUGCAUAAUAAUUGUUUUAAAGAGUGUUUGUACAUGUUUAAUGUGAUGCAAUUGGAUAGUAUAGUACCCGACGAGGGAAUUUUGUUAAGUAUAAUUUGUGCUUGUGCUCAGUUAGGUGCUUUGGAUAGUGGUAUUUGGGUUCAUAGAUUUACGGAAAGGCUAGGAUUGCAUCGCAGUAUCCGUUUGAUUACGGGUUUAAUCGAUAUGUAUGCGAAAUGUGGGAAUGUGGAUUUAGCUAAGAAGCUGUUUGAUGAAAUGCCUCAGAGAGACGUAGUUUGUUGGAAUGUCAUGAUUUCUGGUUUGGCAAUGCAUGGUGAUGCAGAAGGUGCGCUUAAGCUGUUUACGGAGAUGGAGGAGGCUGGGUUUAAGCCGGAUGAUGUUACAUUUAUAGCUAUUUUUUCUGCUUGUAGCUAUUCCGGCAUGGCUUAUGAGGGUUUAAGAGUGUUAGCUAAAAUGUGCAAUGUGUAUGGUAUUGAGCCUAAGAGUGAACACUAUGGAUGUAUGGUAGAUCUUCUUAGCCGAGCGGGACUCCUUGAAGAAGCGAAAGAAAUAAUUGAAAGAAUGCCUGUCGGUAGCAGUUCCUCUGAAGAAGCAGUAGCUUGGAGAGCAUUGCUAAGUGGGUGCUGCAAUCAGGGACAAGCCCAACUGGCGGAGGUUGCAGCUGAGAAACUGUUGCAGUUGGAAGUUCACAGUGGGGUGUAUGCUUUGCUUUCAAAUUUGUAUGCAACUACUGGGAGAUACGACGAGGCCAAAAGAAUAAAGAAGAUGAUGAGGAACAGAGGGAUUUACAAGUUACCGGGCUGUAGUUCAAUCAAGAUUAAUGGCAUCAUUCAUGAAUUUGUUGCAGGAGAGAAAACCCACAAACAAUUACAAGAUAUAGAAUUUAUUCUGCAAAAGAUAAACAAGGAAUUGAGAUUCCUUGAAUGUUAUUCUAAUCCAGUUCUUGUUGACCAUACAUGACAUGCUCUCUUGAAUA